CUGAAGCAUGCUACAUGGAACGGGUAGAUCUUUCUGCUCAUGGGUUUUAUAUCACCCCUGAUAUUGGGUUUGAUUGGAUUGCUGGCAAGGGAAGUCCAUUUAAUUACUUCACCUAUGGAGCCGCAUUUGCAGAAGUUGAGAUUGACACCCUAACGGGGGAUUUCCACACAAAGACAGCUGAUAUAGUCAUGGAUCUUGGCUAUUCAAUUAAUCCAGCAAUUGAUAUUGGCCAGAUUGAAGGAGCUUUCAUCCAAGGUCUGGGUUGGGCUGCCAUGGAAGAGCUAAAGUGGGGGGAUGACAACCACAAGUGGAUCCGCCCUGGACACCUUUUCACUUGUGGUCCUGGCUCUUACAAAAUACCCUCUGUAAAUGAUAUACCUCUCAAUUUCAAGGUUUCACUGUUGAAGGGCGUCCCAAAUCCAAGGGCCAUCCAUUCAUCCAAGGCUGUAGGAGAGCCGCCGUUCUUCCUUGCCUCCGCCAUCUUGUUUGCGAUAAAAGAUGCGGUCGUCGCAGCCAGGGCCGAGGAGGGUCAUCUUGACUGGUUCCCCCUCGACAACCCGGCAACACCUGAAAGAAUACGGAUGGCCUGUGUUGACUCCAUUACGAAGAAAUUUGCUAGCGUAUAUUACCGUCCCAAGCUUAGUGUAUAGUGGUUACUGCCACGGUAGGGGAUACACAGAAUGUAAAAUGACUACGUGUUAUGUGUUGUACAGCCCGGUGCCACUGUGUGCAAAAUAAAAGUAUAGGUAAUGCAUCAAUUUAGGAAAUAGAAAUAAGAAUACCACAUACUUUCGUUACCUGGACAGUAACACCAGCAAAAACAGUAUAUACAGUUCAAACUUAUGAGGAUUGUGGCUAUAAUUUGUUACCUGGACAGUAAGUUGAAUUUC